AAAAAUACUGUGAAAAUGGUGGUAGAAAAGUUCUUUUGCUUCGACUUGGAACUCACAGCGAUAUUCUUUGGCUGGUUAGGUGUCAUUAGCACUGUCUAUCCGACUAUCCUUGCCAUAGGCAAAAUAGUUGAAGCACAUGAACAUAUCGCAACAUUACGUGAACGUGGCUAUUAUAAUAUACAUGAAAGCGCUUAUUAUAGAGACCCCUGCAUGUUUCUAGUCACAAUUCUCGUCUUUGGUGCCGCAAGCAUUUGCCUGAUUUUGGGUACAGUAAAGAAACGUCACAAUUUGGUUUUGGUUUGGUUGAUCGUCAGUGCCUUGGGAAUAGUGUUUUCGAUUAUUUUCAUGUUCAGCACUGGUACUUAUGUCAGUCUUUUAGGCCUCCCAUUGAGUAUUUAUCUCUGGAUUGCGAUGUUCUCGCUUUAUAAGAGAAUCAAAUCGGAAAGACAAACGGGCUUUUCACGUCCAGCUGAGUUUAUGCCCAAACAAAUGGCCUAACGAAAAAGGAAAUGCUGGUUUUUUUAUAACAAAUAAAAAUUGGAUAUUGAUGUUCAUAUAUUAAGUACAUACAUGCAUACAUAUGUACAUACUUAUAUUUUAUAAUGAGUAUAUAAAUUUUGUAUAUUUACGAGUCGAUAAAAAUAAAAACAAAUCAAUGAUUUUCUACUAA